AUGUCUGAUUCCCGCAGACUUUUGGAAGCUGCAAACGCGCUUUCUCAACUUCUACAUCAACACUCCAUUGCCCACGCCUUCUAUGGAAGCAUUCUCACUGCCGUGCUCUCUGAUAAUCCACGUUGCGAUGAAAUAUUCUGUAUCGUUGAAGGCGGUUCCACCCAUCCGUUCCGUCGAGUCAGACAAGCCAUUGUAGGGAGUGAGCACUUCACGACCACGCACUCUCCGUGGAGCAACCGCUUGCAUGCUACGUAUCGUCAGGUCAUCCCAGCCAUCGAGAUUGAGAUCCUGCCCGCAGGCGAGUAUGGACCCCGACGACUGGAUGGUUCCACUAUCAUGCAAUUACAAGGCAUCCCCUUCUUGACCCUGUCAGAGUUUGUUCGGGCAAAGCUAAAGACUUGGACAAUACGCGGCUCAGACCGUGAUGCUCAAGACAUCAUUUACACAUUAUGCCGCUACUGGAAUCGCUUGGAUAUCAAUCGCGUUCCUGAGCAAGAUAUGAACCACUUCGUAACUGCCCAUCGCACUGCGGCCCUAUCUUGGGCAGCGCUGAAAAGAAAAUAUGGUUUGUGA